AUGGUCGGCGAACAAGUUGCCCCCGACUCGCGUGUGAGGAAGGUCCCUAACCGCCAGUCCCGCUCCUGCACCGUCUGCCGACUGCGCAAGGUCAAGUGUGACCGUGUCAAGCCCUGUCAUGCAUGCUGCGCCCAUGGCUACCCCUCGAAAUGCGUGUACGAAACAGUACCAGGCGAGGAGGCCCGCCCUAUCAGUCAGGCCGAUGAGAUUCGCAACCUGCGAGCGGAGAUUCGAGAUCUUCGCGCGAGAAUAGAGGAUAAGAAUGAUGCUUACAAGGAGCAGGACCUCCAGCGGCUGGAUCAGCUGGAGAGCCUGUUCGAGUCAAUUCGCUCCGCGCCCCUGCACAUUGUGGACCGCCUGGUCCAGGACAUACGUGCUGCACACGGUGGCCUAAAACAGGAUUUGACCCCACCGACGUCGUCGACGCUGCCGAUUCGCCGGCGGCUGUUGACGAACAGUGGAAGCUCUAGUGACGACGCUGAGGAAGACGAGGUCGAUGAUGACUGGCAACGUAUGUCGCCAGAUGGCACGUCAGACUCAUCAUCAGCGUCGAGUACCAUCUCGAUCAUCAACACGCAACGGCCGGCAGUCGACGUUUUCGUCGAGCGCUUCCUCGACGCCUUUAGCCCGGAAGUAGAUAGCAAGCAUGGUCGCGCAGGCGCUAUUCGAGCGGCAGCGGAGAUCCGAAUGUUUUCUCCCCUUAUCUCGGAUGCUUUCGAGGCAGUCUCGGUCGCCUUCUUUGGAAGGUCAAUCCAGGACAAGCGCAUCGAGGCAUCGGGGUUUCGACUGUAUCCCCGGGUCUUGCGCGGACUGCAAGACGCCCUAAUAGACCCGGAGAAGUCCAAGGCCGAGUCAACACUGGUGACGGUCAUUCUACUACUUGCUUUUGAGGUUUGUCAUGUCCCUAAUACUGUAAAAUUUCUCGAGCUGACCGGUACAGAGUGUGGAACGCACCGCCCUCACCGGAGUACCUGCCCACGUCCGCGGCGCAGUGCGCCUGAUUGA